UGCUAAUCAACUUUUGUUAAUAAUCAACUGCUUUAUCAUUAUUCUGAAUUGUGGUGAAGAAAUUGUUUGUCAUUCGCUUCAAAAAAAAAAAAGAUUUUGUCGUCAUGUUUCGAAAUCAAUACGACAGUGAUGUUACUGUUUGGAGUCCACAAGGUCGUUUACAUCAAGUCGAGUACGCCAUGGAGGCAGUUAAACUUGGCGCUGCCACUGUUGGUCUAAAAAAUCAAGACUACGCCAUACUUGUGGCUUUGAGUAGAGCCUCGUCAGAAUUGUCUUCAUCGCAAAGAAAAAUUAUUCCAAUUGAUGACCAUUUAGGUAUAUCGAUAUCGGGCAUUACAGCAGACGCCCGCAUAUUAAGCCGCAUCUUGCGGAUGGAGUGCCUUAAUUUCAAAUAUUCUUAUGACACAACGUAUCCGGUGUCAAGACUUAUUUCUUAUUUGGGCAAUAAAAUGCAGAGUAGUACUCAACGAUAUGAUCGUCGACCUUAUGGCGUUGGUUUGCUUGUAGCAGGAUAUGAUGAAAUGGGGCCACAUAUUUACCAAGUUGUUCCUUCAGCAAAUUUUUUCAACUGCAAGGCUAUGUCAAUUGGUUCUAGAUCCCAAAGUGCACGAACGUAUUUAGAGCGCCAUAUAAGCAGUUUCACAGACUGUACAAAAGAUGAACUUAUUUGCCAUGGCAUUCAAGCUAUUCGGGGCUCCCUCCCUAACGAAGAUUUAGCUGGAAAAGAUGAAACUAGUUCACUUUUGAAUAUAUCGGUCGCAAUCGUUGGCAAAAACCAACCUUUUAAAAUUCUUGACGAUAUUGAAACCCUUCAAUAUUUGAAUAUGGCCAAAGAAAUUGGCACAAAUGUGGUUCAAACGAAUUCCGAAGACGAAUCACACGGAAGCGACGAGGAAAAACCGCGUACAACACCCGAUCCCCAAGUUUUGGUAUCGACUAUGGAUCAGUAGUGAUGAUAUCUUGCAUGUGAAUAAAAUAUACAUACAUAAAUCAACUCUGAUUAAUUGGUUAAUAAACACAAUGAUUAUUCCUGUA